AGCCCAUCUAACCAUAUCUCUCCGUCUCGAUCUUUACUCUUCCUUCCCUUCUCGCUUUCUGCACCCUCUUCCUCGGCGGACAAUUUCCUUGAGCAAUGGAGUCGUCGCCGUCGAAUUCAACAGUCGGCAUAGCCGCCGUUUCCCGGCGGCUCUUGUUCGACCGCCGCUAUGGCUGGGUGGUGGAUGAAUGGAAGCACCCAUCGGAGGAAGCCUUGGGUGGCGGCCGUGGAAUGUUCUGCAUACUACCUCUGGCAAAAUCAUUGUGGAUGAUGGCUUCGAAAUCGAUAGAUCUCGCAUCGAGUUAUGCCGCUGAAGUCAUUGAAAAGCCUGAGCUUUUAUCACCUCAGACGCUGCAGGCGAAUCUGGGUACUCAGCUCAACAGAUUCAAGUCUUCCCUGCUCAACCCCAAUUUCAAUCCACUUGUACGAAACUCUCCGUCCUCCCAUUCUGCUCGUGCAUUCUCAAAUUCACAUGUAAAGCUUGACAACAAAGAACCACAGACUGAUUGAUGAUGCCACUAUUAUGAUGCAACAUUGAUCUUUUGGUCUAUUUUUUUCACUUCAUCAGUGAAGUUCAGCAAGGAAAGAAGGAAAUUUAAGAAAACUGAACAAUGAAGAUAUGAUCUGGAAGACUGGCUAGUGGCUAGACUUCCAUGGGAAAUGAAAGGUUCUCUACCUGGUCCCAAAUACUGAAUUGAAGUUCACAUUAGUAAGCACUCUUGAGGCAGUAACCACCAUCGACCAAAAGGUUCAACCCACUAAGGUACUUGGACUCAUCACUCACCAGGUUCAGCGCGGCCUCCGCGACAUCCUCGGGUUUCAGAACAACUCCUUUCAGAUUCCCGACCGCCGAGAACAUCUCCUCCAAAGCCUUCUCAUCCAACCCAAUCCACUCCUCGUUCAUCGGAGUCGCAGCCCCAAACGGCGAGAUGCAGUUCACUCGAAUCCCGAACUGCCCCAGCUCCACGCACAGGUUCUUCGCCAGCCCCACCACCGCGUGCUUCGACGCUGCGUACACGUGUGGCGCGCCUCCGUAGGUGGCCGUUGCAACGCUGCCAGUGAGGAGAAUGGUCCCGCUCUUCUCCGGGAUCAUCACCCUGGCGGCGUGCUUCGCCGCCAGGAAAGAUCCGUACACGUUGACGUCGAACAUCUUCCUGAACUCCUGAUGGUCGACGGACAAUAUGCCUACUUUCUUCUCCAGGAGGUUGAUCUUCUCACCUAUUAUCCCGGCGUUGCUGUACAUGAUGUCGAGCUUCCCGUGCGUCGAAACGGCGGUGUCGACUGCGGCUUGCAUAUCCGAGUCGUCGGCCACAUCGCAGUGAACGUAGGAAACAGGGUGGCCGGACUCGAGCUGGAUCUGCCUGGACACAGACUGGCCCAAGUCGGACCGGAUGUCGGCUAUCACGACUUUGGCGCCGUGCUGAGAGAAGAGCCGCGCCGCCGCAGCGCCGAUCCCCCUGGCUCCGCCGGUGAUGAGGG